AUGUCAGAAAAGUCGAAAGGCGAUCUCAAAAGCAAAGGCAUCGCAGAGAAAUCGGCACCGGAUUCCCCAAAGACGUCUGAAGAGACCGACGAGAAGGACGGAAAGAAGAUAGGAGAGAAAUCCGCCACAAAAUCUGUCAAGCCUACUGAGACCUCGAGCAGUAACAAAAGACCGGAGAAGUCCACCCUUCCCGACGCACCAUUCCUGCUGGAAAUCAGCCCAGGGAAACUAGUUGUUCCAUAUCCGGAACCACUCGAAGUCACCAUCAAGAAUCCGACUGAAGACACUCAAACCCUUCGUGGUCAAUUCGAUUCCUAUUACUUCUUGGUGGAUUUCAAGGGUGCCAAAUCAAGUGGACAACAAGGAGUGACACCUGGGGCGGCGUACGGUUGCUAUGAGUUGGGACCGGGGGAAUCUUGUAGUAUGACGAUCAGAACGUGGGAUAGAGGAAAUGAGGAUGCAAAACAUUAUCUUGAGUAUGAAAGAAAUGCCGAAAAGCGACGUAGAUUGAAGUAUCCAAAGGUAGUCACAGACCAAAACAAACCCAGUAAUGAAGAGGAUUUACAGAAACCAAUCGACAUUGCCUUUUACAAUUAUGACCGUCCUGAGGGAUUUCUGAAAAUCAAGCAUCAGAAGAAGGGUGUGGAGACUGAGACUAAAUGGGUGGUACGAGAAAAGCAGCUGUAUUUGACGGAUGAUAUUGAGAAAAAGAUAAAGUUGAGGGAGGACGAAAUAAGCAAAAUAAGAAGAGCGAAAAGAAAUAGAGAACCGGUGAACAAUAAAACAACCGAUCCCAAUACAUCUGAGUUUAUGAAGUUUUACAGAAUGAAGUUGGCUCAUAAAUCUACUCGAAACUACCAAAAAUGGAGAGAGGUCUGGGGCGAAACCUUGGUGAACAAUGACAACGGAACACAUCGAGUUUUUGAACCAGAAUCAGAUGUCAGAGAGUUUGUUCAGAACAAGGAGAACUAUAACAAGACACUUGGAAGCGAGGCGGACAAUAUUGAGUUCUGGGAGAAAGUUUUUGCGAAAGAAUAUAGGCGUGACCCAAGAGACCCGAAUAAAAAAGAAGAAAAAGAAGAUGUUAUAUGGGAGAAGAUGGAGGCGAGACACCGAGUUUUGAGUCGGAAUGCCGGGUUUGCAAAGUUCCUUUUUACUUCGGGGACGUUGGAGGAGGCGACUGAGAAGGCUGAGAAAUUCUUGUCGGAUCAGAGGAAGGAAGAUUGGAAGAUUGAGAAUCAAAAGAUGGAACAGUUAAGCCGGAUGGAGGAGGAAAAAAAGGCGAUGGAGAAGAAGAAGAAUCCGUGUUGCUCGAUUAUGUGA